CCAAUGGAUUUUUUUGCAGUGUAGCUUAAUCCAGAUCUGAGAAAGUUGAAGGUUUUAAAGGUUUAAAAGGUUUAAAAGUCAGUUGAAGGCUAAUAUUAAGCUAAAGCUGCUUUAAGGGGAAGAGAAGCUGUGUAGAAAAAAAUGUCAGUUUUUUACUGAACUAAAGAGCCUUCUUCCCGUUUCCUGUCUCCAGCGUAGACGACUGUGCCGCUCUGAAAAAUGUCCAGCUCUAUAAGGGACCUCCUGCUGGAGGCUCUGGAGGAUCUGGACUCUCAGCAGUUUAAAGCCUUCACCUGGAAGCUGACGGACUCUGAGCUGGAUCUCCGAAUCCCGCGGGGGGUGGUGGAAGGGAGGGACCGGGUGGACAUUGUUAAUCUUCUGAUAGGAAGUUUCACAGAGAACAGAGCCCUGGAGAUCACCCUGCAACUACUGAAGAUCAUCAGAGCCAAUCAGGUAGCGGAGGAUCUGGAGACUGGAGCUCGAGUACGUGGACUCUGUGCUGCUGGAGGAGGUGGACCAUCCGGUGUUUCGACUCCAGCUUAUGAUGCUUUAAAAAAAGCCGCCUUCAUCGAUGAUAAGUGGGUGGAGCUCGUGCAGAGAGCCACUGGGGUGGAGGCUGUCCUGGACGUUCUCCUGAGCAGUACAGUGAAAUCUGCUCUGAGAGGAUAGCUCAGAGGAUGAUGCAGCGUCUGAUUCGUGAAGCAUUAAGAGCGAGUGGUGAUUCCGGGAAGAGCGUCCUGUACGACGUCCUGAUGGCCCUGCAGCCCUACAUGAUGAAGGACCUGGGGGCUUCCUGAGAAAACCUCAACCUCAACCUGAACACUGAAAAAAAAUUACUUUAAAAAAGUUUCGCAACUUUCUGCAUUUUCUUUUUUAAAAUAAAUUUAAUUUCAGAUAAAUUUAAGUAACUUCAACUCGGUUUCAAGACUUAAAUAGAGUUACACAGAGUAAAUAAGAGAACUGAACUUCAGUCAAUCCUUUCUUUUAGUAAACUUUACUUUAUUUAUUUUUACUGAAUCAAUCCUUUCUUUUAGUAAACUUUACUUCAUUUAUUUUUACUGAAUCAAUCCUUUCUUUUAGUAAACUUUACUUCAUUUAUUUUUACUGAAUCAAUCCUUUCUUUUAGUAAACUUUACUUCAUUUAUUUUUACUGAAUCAAUCCUUUCUUUUAGUAAACUUUACUUCAUUUAUUUUUACUGAAUCAAUCCUUUCUUUUAGUAACUUUACUUCAUUUAUUUUUACUGAAUCAAUCCUUUCUUUUAGUAAACUUUACUUCAUUUAUUUUUACUGAAUCAAUCCUUUCUUUUAGUAAACUUUA